AUGGGGCUCCGCGGGAGAGGGCCGCCGCUGCUGCUGCUGCUGCUUCUCGGCCUGGUGGUGGCCACGGCCUUGGCGGCGGACUCCGCCUCCGCCUCCGAGGGCGACGCCGAUCCGCUCUACAGAGCUUGCUUCGAAGAAUGUCAAAGGACCGGCACCCUGAAAGAGGAUUCUGUCAAACACUGUGUCGUGCCGACCGAUGACCAGCCUGCUGACAAGGCAUGGUACGCGCACGAGCCGUUGUACCUGCAGUGGAAGGAGUGGAACUGCAACAGCGAAUGCCGAUACCAUUGCAUGAUGGAAAGAGAGCAGGAAAGGGAAGAGCUUGGGCUAGGGCCCGUCAAGUAUCAUGGCAAAUGGCCUCUCAAACGUGCUUCUGUGUUUCAGGAACCUCUUUCUGCAGCUCUGUCUGCCCUGACUCUUCUCGUGCAAUUUAACGGAUGGCUAUCGUUUUUCCUCUUGCUUUCUUACAAGCUACCUCUCAGGCCGGAAACUCAUGCCACAUACUACGAAUACACCGGAUUAUGGCACAUUAACGCGCUCUUGGCCAUGAAUUCAUGGUUCUGGUGUGCCAUAUAUCACAGUUGUGAUACUGCUUGGACAGAAAAGCUGUACUUGUCAUCAGCUGCUGCUUUUCUUGGUUACUCCCUCAUCUUGGCCAUACUGCGAACUUCGAAUCUGAGGGAUGAAGCUUCAAGAGUGAUGGUUGCAGCUCCAAUUCUGGCUUUUGUGACAACCCACAUUCUGUACCUCAACUUCUACGAACUCGACAAAGGCCUGAACAUGAAGGUUUGCACUGUUAUUAGCGUUGCGCAGCUCCUUUUGUGGACAGUGUGGGCUGCCAUUACAAGGCAUCCUUCACGCCUGAAGGUCGUCUUCGUUGCUAUCGGCGGUGUCCUCUCAAUAUACCUGGAAGCCCAUGAUGUCCCUCCGCGAUGGGGAUAUGUUGAUGGUCACGCAAUCUGCCUCGCCAUGGCUAUCCCCCUGUCCUACCUCUGGUGGAGCUUCGCCAAGGAAGACGCCGAGAUGCGCACGGCGGCAAUUAUGAAGAAGAAACGAUAA